UUAGCUUGAUACCUCAUUUCUCCACGCGGAUUUUUGAAAUUUACAUGAAUAAAGAAUUCAUCCCAGCGUUUUCAAUAGGUUAGGCUUUAUUUAAACGCCUGAUCAAUUUAUGGAGAUCAACAGCGUAAAUAACUCUAAUUCACUAAUACAAGUCUUAAGUGAUGAAAGAGGUGUUUUAAAACUUUAUAGGGCUGGUAUUGAAGAGAUAAUUGCUGUGCAUUUCAUUGUGCCUUUUCAUAUUCGAAGCAGUCACUGCCUGAGAUAGAUUAGUGUACAUUCUUCAUUUUUUUGGUUACCCUUCUUUCAUUCUGUAAUUUUUUUAACGCAAAGAGGCAUGUCAGAUUCUGAGCUCGAUAAAACCCCAAUCGCUACCAAACGAGCAAGAGAAUCAAGUGUUGGCGAAGAGAUAGAGCAGUGUAUGGUUGAAAAAAUAGAACAACAUUCGUCUGCAAAUUCAGAAGUAUUAGUAGAACCCAAAGAUCACGUUUACAUAGUUACAGAACUUCAAAAGCAGCAUUUGAAUGACGGCGAACUAUGGUGCUUAAUAUCAAAGGAUUGGUGGAACCGCUGGACAAAAUACUGCGCACGCUUAAAUAGUCCUAGUUCUAGUGCCAGAAGAUUAGGCGAAAGUACACCUCCUGGCCCCAUUGAUAACCGUCCAAUUUUGAACGACAAUAAUGAUUUGAAGGAAGGUUUAACAUAUAUGGCAAAUGUCACUGCAGUACCUGAACAAGCUUGGAAUAGACUAGUUAGUUGGUAUGGGACGAUGAACCCAGAGAUGAAUAAACCCAUUCGACGAGCUAUCAUCACACAAGGAUGCGGCGAUAACGAACGAAAGCCAACUGUGGAGUUGUACCCACCACAAUUUAAAGUGUACAUGGUCGAAACAACAAAUAAAUCAGCAAACCAUCAACAAAUCAGCGGAUUAAUAACGCGCUCUCCAGUUAUUACUUUAUCGACAACAAAUACAGCACAGGAUUUCUGCAAUGCUAUUCGCGACGCUUUUGAUCUUUCAGUUGAUGCAGAGGUACAAUAUUGGCUUUUGCAAGAUGAACCAGCUAUGGCAUCGUGUCCUAAUGUGGCUGUUGAAGUAUUAAAGAAUGCUCAAAAACUCACAGUGGAUAGCGACGACAGCAAGCUAAAUUGCAGUGGUAAAUUUUAUAUUGCCAUUGAAGUAAAAAAUAGAUUGACCGGCUGUUUCCCGUCCGAUACCAUGGAAGCGACGCAAACGCAGCAACCAUCGCCUUCAGAUACAGCAUCCGACAUAUCAUCUACAUCGAGUGUAUUCGCGAACGGUUUUAAUAAUCUAUCUACUUCCGUGUCUACCACUGCUACUACACCUCAUUCUAUCCAACGGUUCAAACCCGGUGUGUGUGGUUUGCAAAACCUGGGAAAUACUUGUUUUAUGAAUUCAGCUCUUCAAUGUUUGAGCAAUACGGAAGAAUUGACAAAAUGGUUCUUAGCAGAUAACUAUAAGAAGGAUCUCAACAGAGAUAAUCCUCUAGGUAUGAAAGGUCAGGUCGCUGAAGCAUAUGGUGAACUUAUUGAAAAGUUAUGGGGUGCUUCAACCAGACAUGUUGCGCCUAGAGACUUUAAAUAUACCAUUGGUCGUUUUAACUCUUCUUUUAGUGGAUAUCAACAACACGACACGCAAGAACUCUUAGCUUUUUUACUAGAUGGCUUACAUGAGGAUCUGAAUCGUAUUUUAAAGAAACCUUACAUUGAACUGCCCGAUUUUCAUGAUAUGGAAGAUGCUGAAAUUGCUCAACAAAGCUGGGAUUAUCAUAAAGCUAGAAAUGAUUCAAUAAUUGUCGAUCUCUUUCAGGGACAAUUCAAAAGCAAACUAGUCUGUGAUGAAUGUAAAAAUGUGUCCGUCACUUUUGAUCCUUUUAUGUAUCUAUCGUUGCCUCUUCCAAUUAAAAAGAAAAGCAAGACUUCAAUUGUUUAUGUUCCUUAUGAUCCUUCUCAGAAGCUGCAGCGUGUAGUUGUCACUUUGAGUAAAGAAGCGAGUAUUGCUCAUUUACAAAAGGAAGUAGCCCGUAUGUUUUCUGUUGAAGAUCCUAAUUCGCUGCUGGUAGUAGAAUUAUUCAGCCAUAAAAUUUACAAGAUUUUUGCACAAUAUGAACCCGUGGCAUCAAUAGGAGCUUCUGAUAUUAUCUAUGUUUAUCAGCUUCCAGGACCUAUACCACCUGCACCGAAGAAAAGAAGCCAAUAUUCUUACAGAAGCAGCAUUUUGUCAGACGAUGAAAAAUCUGACGACGACAUUUCAGCAAUUGAUGAAAAUCAAUUGAUUGUUUUCCCAGUAUAUUGCGCCACAGUAGUAAAGGCAGAAAGUGCGUACGCUAGUGAGCGGAUUAAUCAAUUCGGUGAUCCAAUUAUUCUUGCUGUACCUUAUAAAGAUGCUUGUAAUAAAUCUGUUGAAUUUUUCUAUCAAUUAUUGUCUGAACACAUUGAAAGAUACACUCAAUCCAAGCCAUUUGAAGAAGUCAAGGACGAAGACGAAGAAGCUGAUUUUCCUGAGGACAUAGUUACUGAUGAAUCAAAAAAAUUGAAUGAUGAUGAGACCCCAAGUGAACCCAUUGAUCAACAAUCGCCACCGUCUUACGAAUCUGUCAUGGAAGACCAAAAGGCUACUGACCUUGUUACAAACGAAAACACAAUGCCUGAGUCUUCAGUUGAUUUUGAUGAGAAGAGUGAGAUGGACAUAGACGAAGAGGAAGCAGAUAGAGAUAAGGAAAUUGAUAGUAUAGAGACAGAUGCAGCAAUAAUGUCGACAAAGGAUAAGCAAGUGGAACGUAUAAACAAUUUAUUUACAAUGAAAAUAUUUUCAAAUACUCGUUACAGCAGAUACGGGAAUGAGGAUCUUUUGCCUUUAGUGCAAAGUUUCACAGGCUUGAUUGACUUCCGUGAAAGAACAGAAACAGAGCAAGCGCAAAGGGAAGAGUACUAUAAGUUGCAAAACGGUUUUACUACUGAAGCAGAAACUGAGCAACAGAUACAACAUGAUGUUGAAAUGGUUGAAUCUCCAAGUCCAGCUGCUCACCAAACUCCUGUUGCUGGUGAUUUAGCAAUAGAAACAGUGGAAGCAGAUGAUCAAGUUGAAAAUGCCGCUGCUAUUUUUGGUCUGACCUCCACAUCCGUCGAUAGCAGUAUCAGUAGUAGUUUGGUGAAUAUUGAUGAUAAGGUUGAACCUGGCGAAAUACUCAAUGAUAACGAUACAAUAUCUUCAAUAGACAAUGCUUCUGUUGUUGCUGCACCUGAUGGAAAUUUGUCACCGCUUAUUUCCUCUCCUACGUUAGAAUAUCAACCUUCUUCACCUCCUGCUGCUGAUAUCCUCAAAAAAUUGCCGAAACGUAAAGUGUCAUGUCCUCCGGAUACAAUCAUUCGUCAGGGUGAGGGCAUUUUACUCACUUGGACACCUAAAAGGGCUCAACAAUUAUUCGGUGCCACAAAUAGUAGUGGCAAUGGUAGAAACGGUUAUUCGUAUAGCUAUAGUAAUAGUGACAAUGCUGGUGUUUGCACAGAUGCUUGGGAGGAUAUCGACGAUUUAGGCGACCCCAAUGAGGAAGACACAGAUAUCACUACCAAGAAAAAACAAGUAACAUUAUCUGAUUGUUUAGAUGAGUUCACAAAAGAAGAAGAAUUAAGUGAAGAAGAUCUUUGGUAUUGUCCCAAAUGUAAAAAGCAUCAACGGGCCACUAAGAAGUUUGAUUUAUGGCGGAUGCCCGAAAUUAUGGUUGUGCAUUUGAAACGUUUUAGUCAUUCUCGUACUUUCAGAGAUAAGAUUGAUGCUUUCAUCGAUUUCCCAACUGAAGGUUUAGAUUUAACCGACCGAGUGCUCAGUACGAGAGCGAUCAUAAAUGAGGAUGAAGAAAAUGCAGAUAAUAGGCUGAUAUACGAUCUUUAUGCUGUGGAUAAUCAUUAUGGGGGCUUGGGCGGAGGCCACUAUACUUCCUUUGCACAAAACUUCGAGGAUGGCCGCUGGUACAAUUUUGAUGACUCACAUGUUAGUGAAGUGGCAGUAGACGAUGCCAAAACGGCAGCAGCCUAUCUAUUGUUUUACAAGCGUAGGAGAUCAAAGAAAGCCAACUCUAAAUCUGUUGAGGAAAUAAUCCAGGAUAAAAUUAGCAUACAACGACAGCAGCAGGCUGCUGAGACGAUAGAAACAGUGAACAUGGGGAUGGAGAAAGAAAUACCAGUAGUAAGAUCCUCAACAUUACCGAAUGAUCCGGAAGAAAACUAUAACAACGACGACGAUUCCACAAUCAAAAAACUUGAAGAACCAGAUCACAAUGUAACUACCAUCUCCUCCAGCACUACAACAAGCAAUACAAAUUCACCUGUCGUUAUACCAUAUAAAUUAUCAACGGACGAAAAUGCUGAGGAUUCUAACCACGACGAACAAAUCUAA